UGGAGCAGCUCGUGCGCACACACCAAACGCACACCGCGAGCGGACUCGCUGCUGAACGGGCGGCACGAGACUCUUCCUCACCUUCACCCUCCUCCUCGGUGGACGGAGGGAUGCAAACCUCUUCAUCACCGUCAUCACCACCGGGAGCAGAGGGAGAGGGGAGCAGCGGCUCUCCGUGGGCUGAAAAGUUGAAGAGAUUCCGGUGUAAUAACGGAGAACCGGAGGGGCCCGGUGUAAACCCGGGAUUAUCCGCCUCACACGGUUAUUUCUACUUUGGACUUCACGGAAACGGAGCCGGUGGAUUUAUUGUGUAGCAGAUCUACCGGAUCACUGACGGUGCUAUCAAGGAUCUCUUUACUGAAACUGAUCUCCGGUGUUUUAACGAACCUUUUUUUUUUACCGUAUUCCCGGUGGUUACACUUUGCAUCUGACGUUGAACGAGUCAAUAACGGAUUUCUUUGACAACAAACUCCAAAACGGAUUUUGUGUGUGUUCAAACUGAUCUGAGGUGUUAAACGGAUUAUUUAACGUUAGAGUAACGGAUCCCCGGACAGUCCCGGGGAUCCGAGGGAACAGAAGUUUCCGGAGGAGUCUCGGAACGUUUUUUCUCGUUUUCUCGGAUCGAUCACAUUCCAGAGUAUCAAUCACAUUUUGCAGCCAUUAUUUUUAACAUGCAUCAGCCACGGAUCGUUUAGACCCGGUGGAGAACCGGAGUGAAUUAUGUCUCCUCCACGGUGAAAUAACCCCACAUGCUGACCGUAAAGUAUCCACUUAACCCCCCUGAAGAGAGGGAGCGGUGGAGAGACACGGACCGGGACCGCAGUGAGAGUUAUCACCUUUCAUGAAACAUCUUUCUGGAGAUAAAUCAAACACGGAGAGAUACUCAAGUUUAAACUAUUCGGAAAAAAUCUUUAUUAUAUGAUAAUAAAUAAUGUUUUAGCAUGUGGUGAUUUUCAGACAUUACUAAAAAAACUGAGCCAAGACUUACUCAGUCAAUUUCCUGAAAAAAAUACAAAUAUUAAUGUUUUUUUAAUAUAAACAUAAGAACAUUUAACCUGGUUUAGAUGUGAAAAGUCGUGGAUUUUAUCCUGAGUCCAAAACUGAAUUGUAAUCAUAAUAAUGAUAAUAAUCGUAGAUGCAUCUGGCUCCUAAUACUGACCUUAAUGUUCUGUGAGGCACUUUCAUAUCCCUCUGUAUCAUGAUAAUAAUCCCAUAAUAGUCCAAUAGGGCUUUAUUUAUGCUUAGCAGCAGCUCUGGAAGAGCUUUUAACUCACAAGAAAUUAACUUUAUAACAACCAGGAGACGAUAACCUGCUGCUUUGAAUCUCCCGUGUUAGUUUAAAGCUUCGGUUUAGGAUCUCCGUCUUGGAUUCGAUGCGGAUCGAGUGACUGUUUCUGAGGAUUUCCAUCAUCCAGAAGUGAUUUUAAUGUGAGCAAAUCCAGCAGAAAGGGUCUUAACCAGACUUAAUUCCCAGUCUGACGCUUCUAUCUGUGGUGGUUUACAGUGAAAGCCUAUGGAUGGUCCGCUCACUGUAUAGCCACAUCCUCAACAGCAAACCUCCUCCUCUUCCUCGACAACUUGAAAUCGAGACAUGCAGCAUUGAUUUUCUUUUGGGGAUUUUUUUUCCCCCCUCACCACAAAAACCAAAGCACACAUCCACCGCCUCGUCCUUCCUGUUUUGUCCGUUUGCUGCCUGAAAUGUGAAACGUGCCGCGGUGUUGAUUUCCCGCCUCAGCGGAGGAACGUUAACAGCGGUCCGGCAUCGGCGUUCAGGUUUUCAGAGGAAUAACUGCAGCGGGAACAGAUCGAAGGUUGGACAGAUUGAUCACAACAAAUCGAACCGUCUGUAAACGAGCUGGAGUCAGACCUGCGCAUGUUUUUCUGCAUCGGGACUCGUUUCUGACCCUGAACUUUGAACUUUCUGUGCCGUUUCGGCUAAAUGGGGCUAAACGACAGCAGCCCGGGCGCCAUGCGCAAUGGCCGGGGCCUCUCGGACCAGUGGGCGGAUUCGGUGGUGGUCCGGCCUCGAACCACCGAGCGCCACAUCACGGUGCACAAACGCCUGGUGCUGGGCUUCGCCCUGUCCAUACUCACCCUCAUCAUCGUCACGGCGGUGGCCGUGGUGCUCAGCGUCCGCUUCGAGGAGUGCGCCGGGCGAGAUGGCGACGGGGCGACAGGGGAGUCGGGCUCAAGGGGGUCGACGAAGUUGAACGGGACCAGAGGGGAGAGGACGGGGGAGAGGGGGGACGAGGAGGCGGUCCAGCCGUGGAGGAACUCCCGGCUGCCGGGCUCGCUGAGGCCGCGGCACUACGACCUGCGGCUCGCCAUCUACAUGGACAACUUCACCUUCUCCGGAGAGGUCAGCAUCGAGCUGGAGUGCGUCAACGCCACCCGGUUCAUCGUGCUGCACACCGACCACCUUGAGGUGGACCGGGUGUCCGUCACAGCGGAGGGCGGUGCCGGCGGCCGCCCCGCCAACAGGCCCGGGGGCGGAGCCAUGCGCGUCCACCGCCACUUCCCCUUCCCGGCCAAUCAGAUGUACGUGGUGGUUCUGCACCGCGAGCUGAAGCCCAUGAGGGUUUACCGGCUCAACGUGAGCUUCGACGCCACCAUCGAGGACGAGCUGCUGGGCUUCUUCCGGAGCUCCUACACCCUGCAGAGAGAGAGACGUUACCUGGCGGUGACCCAGUUCAGUCCGAUCCACGCCCGGAAGGCCUUCCCGUGCUUCGACGAGCCCGUCUACAAGGCCACGUUCUCCCUGACCCUCCGCCACGACGCGCAGUACACCUCGCUCGCCAACAUGCCCGUGGAGAGCAGCUCGCUGUCGGACGAGGACGGCUGGGUGACCAACCGCUUCGCCCGCACGCCGCGCAUGUCCACCUACUACCUGGCCUGGGCCGUCUGCAACUUCACCUACAGAGAGACGCAGACCGACGACGGCGUGACGAUCCGCUUGUACGCCCGGCCCGAUGCCAUUGCCAGCGGAGCAGGGGACUACGCUCUCCACAUCACCAAGAGGCUUCUGGGAUUUUACCAGGACUACUUCAAAGUCCAGUACUCACUGCCCAAGCUAGAAACCCAGAGAUACUGAAGCUCCUUCCUGCACGGACCCGGUCCCAGCCUGGGACUAGUUUCUCUGUUUCUUCUUCUUCUUCUGCUCUUUCUUUCAAUCCCGGAGUGGAGUUGGCUAAUACAGCGAUAAGGAGGAGACGUCAUGUGACUGUUCCAGCGGAGCAGAAAUCUCAGGUGAUCCCAACUGUCGGGAGGAUUCCACCGAAUAUCUGAGUGUGUCUGAGCGUGUGUGUGAGCACGCCAAGUGGACUAAUGCGUUCUGUUGAGUUCUGGCUCCAUCUGGGAUCCACAGAGACACACAGGCAGCACCGCUUGUUUUCCAACACACACACACACACACACACACACACACACACACACACACACACACCAGCAUUCCUUUACUUUAUGUAUCUUUUCAUCAUUCGUCUUUCUUUUUUCUUUUCCUAUUUGUCUCUAGUUCUUUCUCUCAUGCCGUCGCUUCGGGCCGACGCACAACAGAUGGACUAAACUCAAACACACACACGUAUACACACACACACACACACUCAGGAGCUGCAGGCCCGUCAGCUGUCUGCCUGCUGCUGCCUCACUGGAGCUGAGAGCUCCAGUCUCAUCCAGUCGCUUCAUCCAGAGCUGUUUGAAAUAAUGUAGAAAAGAAAAUAUUCAAUGAAGUCUGGAUCUUUUUUAGACUUUUGUUUUUCUACAAAGUUUCCUGACAGAACAGAAGAGUCGGUAUGAACAUAAGAACACUGGAGCUCUUUACCCCUGAUGAUGAACAUGAGAUUCAGUGAGAGCCGAUCAGAGGAGGCCUGGCUCUCCAGUAGAGGUCCGAUCUCAGUGGCCGGCAUGUAGACACAACAAGCAUCACAACGAAAUCUAAUUCGUAAAACUAUAAAUAUCUCUUUCAGGAGAUUUGUUUGAGUUUGAUUUAUAAUUAUACAUUUUCCGAUCAGAUCCGGCUGCCUCUCUGUCCUGUAAAGAUCUUCUGUGGAUGUUUCUCUGCUGCCGGCACAAAGCAGACUGAGACUGGAUGAAGAUGUUUAUCGCUGUUAUCUUCAUCCAAAGUCUUUUAGCAACACUUUCUCUCGAUGACCUUGGCACUGAGAGGUAAUUUGGAGGUUGUUCUGCGGUUCAGAGGACAGGACGGAUGAACGCCGGGUCUCUUUAGGACACAGUCUGUUUCAAAGCGGUUUUAGGAAACCAGCCAGAGGUGAGGAAUUUAUAUCCAGCAGCGAGCAAAGCAGAAGCCAAAACCAACCAGCACCGCUGAGAGCUGAGAGGAGUUUAAAGGGAUUAUUUCCAAAAAAGAGCUGGAGGACGACAGUCACAGAUGAGACUCUGAGUGUCUCAGAUCCCGGGGAGAUACCGAGGUGAAUCGAUUCCACAGAGGAGAGCAGAGAGCCUCUUCAGCUGGGGAGACAACAUCAGGUUCAGGGUUAACAAGCUGAUUGCUGCUGUUCAACUAGCACAAAGGACUGCAUUGUGAUGUUGGCGGAUGUACUUCAAUUGCUUUUUGCACACUCCCUGUGGGGCCUCGGGAUGAGGGUGUUGGUUCAAAGCCACACAGAACCGCAUGGAAGCUGUCGCUGUUACUAUCAAUAUAUUAGUCAGUGUUGAGAACGGCGGUGUUUAAACGACAUUAGCCCGCACAGGAAGUAACCUGCAGUGAAGAUGUUUUUUAUGAUUUGCAGUCAGACCAACAUGAUGUCACAGAAAUACUUGAAAAGACCCAACGUCCUGUUAUAUCUUACAACAAUAUUACUCGUUUUCUUUUGCAUUUUUCCUACAAGAGUCCAGCAAAAUGUGUCAACUUCGUUACAUGCAUACAGUCUUUUCAAAAUAAACGUCUGUCUAACGUCCGUGACUAAUUGAUGUUUUUUUGGGGGUGAAGUGUUGCUUCAAACAGCGUUGCAUAAACAAAAAGCUGAUUCAUUCGUCAACCGUGUUGGUUCAGGUUUACUCCGUCUACAGGAAAACACUUGAGACGGACGGAUAAAUGAGAGGAGACACUGACGAACUGACGGCUUGUCAAUACUCGUCAAAGGUUUGUUUGGGAGUUGGACGAACCGCUGAACUCUUUUGUUUUUUUUGCUGGAUGCCGCUGGUUGAUUGAUGGGAACAGAGCUUCAGGGCGAAUUAAGGCUGCACAUCAGCCAUGUUCAGGUAUCGCUCACAGGAAACCCCACGGUUUGUUUCUCUUAUCCUCGUACAAGAGGAGGGCGUGUUUUCUACUGACAGGAAGUCGAUCGGCUCGUUUGAUUGGUAGCAUGUCACGCAGCUUUGUGGAGACUUUGGAGGUUGUCCUUCACUUUCCCACAACGCCGUUAUUUGUAUCCACGGUUACAUUUCAUUAUGUCCUCACAGGGUUAUGAGUUGUGGGAAGAGAAACAGUAACUUCCUGUUUGCUGGUUUGUUGUCUCGUCAGCACACAAAGCCAAAAAAAGUGUCACUUCACACUGAGAGCAGAGCUCAUUACGCGACACACACACACUCACUGCAUCUCUAAAAGCACCAAUUAGAGACAUUUAAUCACUAUACUGUCUGGAGGAGUUACUCAGUCUGAGAGGAGUUAAUGUGACUCACCACGCAGAGCUGCUGAAAUAUCUACAUUUUGAGCAGCUGGAGGCGCAAUGAAGGCUCGAUUUCAGCUAGAAAAGCCGACUGCGUCAGUUUGAACAGUUGCAAAGAUUUAAAAUGCAAUCAUACUGACAUUUGGGGAAGCCCGUGUCUUUUGGGUCUAACUUUGGAUGGACUCAUGUCCCGGACCUUUCUCUGUGCUGGACACAUUUCUGUUCAGACUUUCAAAAAAAUAUUCCUUCAGUUUGAUCUGUUCCCGAAACGACAAAAAAAUGACUCCGAAAAGACUAAAAACUGAUUCUGUGCAGCCAAACAUCGUCCAGACCCAAAUUACUUCGUUUUUAAAUUCUAGUGGAUCUAAAUAUAUUUACAGAUGAUUCGUAAGUUAAAUCAGAAGGAAAUGGAAUAAAGCAGAAACAUUAGUCCACUUAACUUGAAGUUGCUUUUGGUAUAAAUAUAGUUGAAGUUCUCCUGAUUUGAAAUUGUGAGUUGAAUUAGUGUGGAAUUGUAUAUUUGUUUGACACGAUAAAGUUUUCUUGAAUGGACAAUUUAACAUAGUUGUUUUAAGUAGUGUCAACAACAGCGGAUCAUUAAACAACUUGUGUGACUUAACUUUUUAAGUUGAAACAAAACGUAUCUUCAUGUUGAGUUUACUCAUGUUUUUUAAGACUGCAAUUGAACUUAUGUUUCCAACUUUACCAGACUUGUUAGUUAUUCAGAGGGACUAGUUGUAGCACAACGAAGAUGACAUUAAAGCAAAUGGAAACCUUGAAAGUAAAGAAUGAGACAACUGCAAAAAACUCAAUCUAUCUCUGUUUGAACCGUUCUAUCUUCUUAAUUUAACAAUGAUUCAGAUUCAGGGACAAACCAAAGAAUCCAGAGAGAAUUCUGCAGUUUUCUAGUUUACUUCAACGCAGACAGGUUGUCUUAGAGACAGCAGAGGACGAAUAAAACCCUCUUUCUCUCUCUCCCUCUCUCUCUCCCUCUCUCUCUUUCUUUUCCUGUGCAACUGAGUGUAACUCGUCCGGACACCAGUGCAGUGAUUAAAUGUCUCUAAUUGGAGCUUUUAAAGACACGGAUGAGACGGAGUGUGAAGCUGCUGCAGCUAUUUUAGUGUCACUUCAAGAUGAGGAGAGAGCUCGUUAUGUAACACACACACACACACACACACAC